AUGGGACGUGUGAUCAGGGGACAGAGAAAAGGCGCGGGCUCCGUGUUCAAAGCCCACGUCAAGCACAGGAAGGGGGCCGCUAAACUCCGCCACAUUGACUUUGCCGAACGCCACGGUUACAUUAAGGGAAUUGUCAAGGACAUCAUCCACGACCCCGGCCGUGGCGCCCCCUUGGCCAAAGUGGCCUUCCGUGACCCGUACCGCUUCAAGAAGAGGACGGAGCUCUUCAUUGCCGCCGAGGGCAUCCACACGGGACAGUUCAUCUACUGUGGCAAGAAAGCUCAGCUGAACAUCGGUAACGUCCUGCCCGUGGGAACCAUGCCCGAGGGCACCAUCAUCUGCUGCCUGGAGGAGAAACCCGGCGACCGGGGCAAGCUGGCGCGCGCCUCCGGAAACUACGCCACCGUCAUCUCGCACAACCUAGAGACCAAAAAAUCCAGAGUCAAGCUGCCGUCCGGCUCCAAGAAGGUCAUCUCUUCGGCCAACAGAGCCGUCGUCGGCGUGGUCGCGGGCGGCGGUCGUAUCGACAAGCCCAUCCUGAAGGCCGGUCGCGCCUACCACAAGUACAAGGCCAAGAGGAACUGCUGGCCUCGCGUCCGUGGUGUGGCCAUGAACCCGGUUGAGCAUCCCUUUGGCGGUGGUAACCAUCAGCAUAUUGGGAAGCCCUCCACCAUCAGGAGGGACGCGCCCGCGGGUCGCAAAGUCGGUCUCAUCGCCGCCCGUCGUACCGGCAGGCUGCGCGGAACCAAGACCGUACAGGAGAAGGAGAAUUGA